CCGCCGGAAGCCGGCGGCCGCGCGGGCCGGCGUGGGGCAGGGCGCAAGGGCAGAGGCUGAGGUGGGGUUCCGGGCUCGCCUGGCUGAGGGGCGUGAGAAGGCCCGGAGGCGAACUCGACGAGCAGACCUGCGCCCCGGUGAAGAUCGACCCGGCUACAGCUGGGCGGGAGGCGGCUCUCUGUGAAGAUGGCAGGGCCGGAGCUGCUGCUCGACUCCAACAUCCGCCUCUGGGUGGUCCUGCCUAUCGUUAUCAUCACCUUCUUCGUGGGCAUGAUUCGCCACUACGUGUCCAUCCUGCUGCAGAGCGACAAGAAGCUCACCCAGGAACAAGUCUCCGACAGUCAAGUCCUAAUUCGAAGCAGAGUCCUCAGGGAAAAUGGAAAAUACAUUCCCAAACAGUCUUUCCUGACACGAAAAUAUUACUUCAACAACCCAGAGGAUGGAUUUUUCAAAAAAACUAAAAGGAAGGUUGUUCCUCCUUCUCCUAUGACUGAUCCCACUAUGCUUACAGACAUGAUGAAAGGCAAUGUCACAAAUGUCCUCCCUAUGAUUCUUAUUGGUGGAUGGAUCAACAUGACGUUUUCAGGCUUUGUAACAACCAAGGUCCCGUUUCCACUGACCCUCCGUUUUAAGCCUAUGCUACAGCAAGGAAUUGAACUACUCACAUUAGAUGCCUCCUGGGUGAGUUCUGCAUCCUGGUAUUUCCUCAAUGUCUUUGGGCUUCGGAGCAUUUACUCUCUGAUUUUGGGCCAAGAUAAUGCUGCUGACCAAUCACGGAUGAUGCAGGAACAGAUGACUGGAGCAGCCAUGGCCAUGCCUGCAGACACCAACAAAGCUUUUAAGACAGAGUGGGAAGCUUUGGAGCUGACGGAUCACCAGUGGGCACUAGAUGAUGUCGAAGAGGAGCUCAUGGCCAAAGACCUCCACUUCGAAGGCAUGUUCAAAAAGGAAUUACAGACCUCUAUUUUUUGAAGACCAAGCAGGGGUCAGCUGUGUCAGGAACUCGGAGUAACGCUUAACCUUGUAACUUUUGUUUGAGCUGGAGCCUCUCGGAAUAAAAAGGGGGAUGCGUGAGCCGG